AGAAGUAAGAGCUCGCGUGUGGUGUGUUUGUGUAUCCUCAUUGUUUUUUUUCUCGUGAGUGUUUUAUUGAGUGUAAACAGAGUCUUGUCUCUGUGUAUUUUAGUGUUGAUGAUGAGAUGGAUGUGAUGUGCUGUAAAUCAGGAACUGAUCAGGGCUUACAGGAUGAGGAAUCUACUGAUCAAACCUCCACAGAGUCUCUGGAUUCUGUCUGGAACGCUGGAGAACAGCAGCAGAUCCUGCAGACCAAACUCAAGAUGUGUUCAGUCAAACUCAUCGACUUCAGGAACCUCAUGAUGAAGAUCAAAACUGAACCCACAGAAAUAAAAACUGAACCCACACCUGAGGAAUAUGAAGACAAUCCUAUUGAUGGUCAUGAUUUUAUUCUGGCAGAUGUGAAGAGUGAAUUAUGUUUGGAUGGAGAAAUAACAUCCUCAAGUCUUUCCUGCAUCACUGGUGGAGAGACAUUGAGCUCACAGAGACAUUUAAAGAGAAAAAAACACAAAGAACAGAAGCAUCAUCUGAAGAGACACACCAAUAAGAAACCGUAUCAGUGCAGUGAAAGUGGAAAAACCUUUAGGCAUUUAAGGUUAUUAAAAUCGCACCAGACUAUUCACUCUGAGAAACCCUUUCAAUGUUCACACUGUGAUAAACGUUUCUGUUAUAAAUCUCAUCUGAUAGCCCAUGAGAGAAUUCACACUGGAGAGAAACCUUACGUCUGUAGUGUUUGUGGGAAGAGUUUUAAUCAACAUCAACAUUUAGUGUCACACCAGAGAACUCAUACAGGUGAAAAACCUUACAAAUGCUCUCACUGUGGGAAGACGUUUGCUUAUUUAGCUUCCUUAAAAGUCCAUGAGAGAAUUCAUACAGGAGAGAAACCUUACGUCUGCUCGAUCUGUGGAAAGAGCUUCUCAGAUCACAAUGCCUUUAGAAUCCAUCAGAGAGUUCACACUAAAGAGAAACCUCAUCACUGUGAUGUUUGUGGGAUGAGUUUUUAUCAACGUGUCAAUUUAGUGAAUCACCAGAGAAUUCAUACAGGUGAAAAACCUUACAAAUGCUCUCAGUGUGAGAAGUCGUUUUCUCAGUCAGGUAACUUAAAAGUCCAUGAGAGACUUCAUACUGGAGAGAAACCUUACAAAUGCUCUCAGUGUGGAAAGAUGUUUGCUUAUUCAGCUUCCUUAAAAGUCCAUGAGAGAAUUCAUACUGGAGAGAAACCUCAUCACUGUAAUGAUUGUGGGAGGACUUUUAAUCUACGUCAAUAUUUAGUGUCACACCAGAAAGUUCAUACAGGUGUAAAACCUUACAAAUGCUCUCACUGUGGAAAUACGUUUGCUCAUUCAGCUUCCUUAAAAGUCCAUGAGAGAAUUCACACUGGAGAGAAACCUUACGUCUGCUCGAUCUGUGGAAAGAGUUUCUCUGAUCACAAUGCCUUUAGAGUCCAUCAGAGAGUUCACACUAAAGAGAAACCUCAUCACUGUGAUGUUUGUGGGACGAGUUUUAAUCAAAGUGUCAAUUUAGUGAGACAUCAGAGAACUCAUACAGGUGAAAAACCUUACAAAUGCUCUCAGUGUGAGAAGACCUUUGCUCAGUCAAGUAACUUAAAAGUCCAUGAGAGACUUCAUACUAGAGAAACCUUACGUCUGAGAGAGAUUCAGUAGUUUAACCUUCUAAGUGUGUUAGUAUAAUUCUGAAAAUAACAGAUCUGACACUGCUUCCAACUAACUUAUUAUUAAGGUAUAUCUACAAGAAUUAAACUACUUGAUCACAUUAGAUCUUAGUUGAAAUUUCAAUAUUAAUGGGUAUAUUUAAGCGUACAAGACUUAUAUUGAUCAAUGGGAUUAACAUUGACAAACAUUUUUUUUUAUAUUCUUUCAAUCGUGGCUUGCCAUCUGGGAAUGUAUCUUCACACAGAAAUCAAAGACAACGCAAACUUACAACCUCCAAAGAUGUAAUGAUAAAUAAAUAAACAAACACCACUCUGUAAAACUAUGGGUAUUUAAAGAAAGCUGGCAGAGAAUUCUGUGAAUCUGUAAACAGAUUUCCCGAACAAACGCUGUGUAGUUCUCAUGGCCAGGUAACAUUUCUAAACUCUCUCAUUUUAUACUAUUAAGGGUUUCUGUGUGAUUGAUCAAUGUAUUAUAUUGCUUUAAUUGGAUUUUGAAUUGAAUGUUUAAAUAAUUGGAUUAUUGGCAUUUCUUAUGAUUGGUUGUUUUAUAUUAGUUGAAUUAAGUUUUGAAUUAUCAUGUUUCAUUACAUGGCUAAUAAAAUGUUACAUUUGGA